CGUCUGCCUUUCCUAGUCCUAUCCCUCUGCCAACCUGGUCAGGCAAAGAGAGCAGCUAUGGUUCGAGACAUGGUUCUCAAGCAGGUAGUAGUAACUGUUUGUCGCGUCAGCAAGCGGAGCAGUAUCAGAGGCAGCUUGAGGAAGCCCGAAGGCGAGAAGAACAACAGCGGCGAGAACAGCAACAGCGACAGGAACAGCAAAGACGAGAACAACAACAACGACAAGAACAGCAGCGACGUGAACAGCAACGACAGGAACAGCAACGGCGGGAACAACAACAACGACAAGAACAGCAACGGCGAGAACAACAACGACAGGAACAGCAGCGGCGAGAACAACAACGGCAGGAACAGCAACGACGAGAACAACAACAACGACAAGAACAGCAACGACGAGAACAACAACAACGACAAGAACAGCAACGGCGAGAACAACAACGACAGGAACAGCAACGACGGGAACAGCAGCGACAGGAACAGCAACGACGGGACCAACAACAGCGACAGGAACAGCAGCGAAGAGAACAACAACGACAGGAACAGCAACGACGAGAACAACAACGGCAGGAAGAGCAACGACGAGAACAACAACGGCAAGAACAGCAAAGACAACAGAGUUAUAAUAAAAAAACAUGGUUGA